AUGUCUUAGUCCAGAUUUGAUGUUAAUGAAUAAAUUUAGAUUCCUAAUGGUAAUGCAAUAAAAGGAUAACAGAUGUUUGAAUUCAAGUGUAGUGCUUGCCACAAUUUUGAAGAUGAUAAAUAAGAAUUAGCUGCACCAACAUUAAAGUAUCAAUUAAAUUCAUGAAUUAAGAAAGAUUAUGGGAAAAAGAAUAGGAUCAACUAUGUUUCAUUAUUCUAAAUCAAUGAGAAAUUGUAACGAAAUUUGGACAGAAAAGAACAUGUUUCUAUUUCUUAAAGAUCCAAAAGCUUUUUUUAGAGAUACAAAAAUGGCAUAAACAAAGAUUGCUAAUCCUUAAGAAAGAGCAGAUAUUAUUGAAUUCUUAAAGAGUUUGUGA